UUCCGAUUACAGGGAAACGUAUAUAUGUAUUUCUAAAACCAUUUGUGUGUUUUUCCCCGUGCAUGACUGAGACGGAGAAUGAAUGUCAGCAGAAGCAGGAGCUGGGAAGUAGCGACGGCGGCGCGGAAAUGAAUUUUAUGAAGCGUGCUCCGAACUGUCGUGCCCAACAUAAACUGUUGUCAGUUUCUGGGGAUCCAUGGAGCAGGAACAGGAGCAGGAGCUGGAGCACCAGGAUGAAGGACGAAAGAAGGAGCCAGGACCAGGAGAAGGGACAACAACCGACUGUCAUGUCAAUUCAAUUUUUGUGCUUCCGUGCGCGGCGACAAGUUUUAGCCAGUUUUCCGCACACCCACCCCUUACCCUAGGCUUUUCCUCCCGCCCCGAUUUUUCCUCCUCCCACCCCCCUGAAAUCCCCUGACAGUUUCAGCCAGCGGCACUUUAUGUACAUCAUCAUCAACACCUUUUGCCAGGCGCCAUUUACACGCCGUCGUCUAUCCUCGUCUCUAAGUCUAAUCAGCCCAGACAGCCAUCAGUCGAGGGUUCGUUCUAUCUCUCUCUUAGUCUCUAUACCUGUCUCUUUCUCUGCUCCAGUAGCUUCCUCUCAUUGUCUUCCCCCUUUAUCCGCCAGGAGCUGCGGGUAAGCGAAUCAAUUUUAAUGCCGCAUUUGUUGCUUGGAUUUUUUUUUGCUUUCUUUUGACUGAAGAGCAGAGGGAAAAGCGCUGAUAAAAGUGUUUAAUCAGGUAGAGGGAUU